AUUUAGUGUGACAUAUACUGUAGAAAAGAUAAAGAGGAAAUCAGGCAAAUAUUUUUUUUAAUGCACAGUUAACUUUUACUUACAAUUACUUGGUGGCCUCAGCAAGAUGUUUUCAGUUGUGCUGUUCAUAACAGGCAUAUACACAGCAGUGUGAUUCAACCUAUUCUCAAAGCCUGUGAAGAAAUUUGCAAAUGACGACCUGCCGAGUGUUUGUUCCUUCUCCUACCUCCGGAGAUGUCUUCAAUUGCACAGACAAAAGAUGUGCUGAAAUAUAUGUUAAUGGUUUGUAACCAAGUUCGGACAAUUAACUCGGCAGCUGAGAAUUUCAACAGAAACUGUACCCUCGUAUCUGAUCAUCAGGAAAAGAGUAAAGUCUAUCCCAAUAAGUUGAUUUUACAGCUAAUGGAACAAAAAAAACAUGAACAGCAACAACAACAAUAACAAAUACCAAGGAACUCAAACAGGUUUUCAAGACCACUCGAGGAAGAGAAGAGCUCUUCAAAGUGAUUCCAGCACUGAUACAAAUGAAGAAGAUCAAGGCACAGAGAUCGCUGUUGUGCUGGACGGCUCUGGUAGCAUUAAGCCAAAGGAUUUUGAAAGGGCCAAAGACUUUAUUUAUUACGUUGAUGAAAAAUGUUUGGAGAACAUGUUUCAAUUGCAAGUUUGCAGUGGUGCAGUUUGGGAGUGACAUAAGGACAGAACUCUAUCUGAAAGAGAAUAAUGACCAUCGCAGUGCCUUGGAUAAGGUGAAGAACAUACAACAGAUUACUGAACUCACCAAGACUGCUUCAGCCCUCUACCAUGUUCUCACAGACGUUUUUGUUCCUGAAAGUGGAUCAAAAGAAAAUGCAAAAAAAAAUUAUUAUUUUACUGUCUGAUGGACAAAUAUCAGGAGAUACAAGAAACCUCACAGAAGUUUUGAACAUGCCACAGAUGGAAGGGGUUGUUCGCUAUGCUAUAGGAGUGGGGCCAAAUGUUUUGAAUUAUGCACAUGCAAUAAAAGAGAUGACAGAAAUAUCUGGCAAUGAAGAUCGAUUUUUCGGUCUUUGUAAUUACGCUGCUUUGGAAACCCUUCUCUCUUCUUUGGAAAAAAGCAUCAUUAGGAUUGAUGAUGCAGGGAUAGAGAUCGCUUUUGUGCUGGACGGCUCUGGUAGCAUUGAAAAGGAGGAUUUUACAAGGGCCAAAGACUUCAUCAGUAACAUGAUGAAAAAUGUUUGGGCAACAUGUUUCAGUUGCAAGUUUGCAGUGGUGCAGUUUGGGAGUGACAUAAGGACAGAACUCUAUCUGAAAGAGAAUAAUGACCAUCGCAGUGCCUUGGAUAAGGUGAAGAACAUAAAACAGAUUAAUGCACUCACCAAGACUGCUUCAGCCCUUUACCAUGUUCUCACAGACGUUUUUGUUCCUGAAAGUGGAUCAAAAGAAAAUGCAAAAAAAUUUAUUAUUUUACUGUCUGAUGGACAAAUGUCAGGAGAAACAAGAAACCUCACAGAAGUUUUGAACAUGCCACAGAUGGAAGGGGUUGUUCGCUAUGCUAUAGGAUUGGGGUCAGAGGUUCUGAAUAAUGCAAACGCCUUAAAAGAGAUGAUAGAGAUAGCUGGUAGCAAAGAGAAAUUCUUCGAGGUUUCUAGUUAUACUGCCUUAAAAGACAUACUCUCUUCUUUGCAAAGAACUCUGCUCAGAACUGCAGGAAUAAGAAUAGAGCCAAUCUGCGAUUCCUAAGAGUUUUUAAAGGUCUGAUGAUCACCGAGCUGGAAUUUUGGUUCUAUCUAGCUUCUUGGUUAUGUUACUUUUCCAAAGGGUGCAUGGGAGCAACACUUCUGUAUCCAGAUUGAUGAUGAGAGUAAAUGAUAUUACAUAUCUUUAAAAUGAUUGAUCCUGAACAACAAUAGUGAGCAACAGGACAAAAUUAUUCUCAGCAAUCCAAUGAAACAUGUAAAUUUUUUUACUUUAUCAAUCACUGCAUUAAUCAUGCAAUUUGAUUUAUCACCAAAUUACUCUAUAAAUCACAUUUAUUGUAAGGAAAUUAUUGAGGAGGAAAUUAUGAUAAACUAAACUCCAAAAUAACAAAACACUAUUCUCAAAAAUAAUUUGUGGAAAUAGAACUUAAAAUUGAAUUGAAAAAGUUUAGCUCAGUCUCAUUCACUAAAAUGGGAAUGACUACUGUAUAUGACUUGCUUUUAUAUAUCGGAGGACAGGAAUAGACCACUGUGCAGGUGACUUCACUCAUUUUUAUGAAUUAUUUUUAAUCAGUUAUUUUGUUAUGGCUAAAUAAUAAGCUACCUGAUUAUACGUUUUGUAUACUUUGUAUUUGAAUAUCUAAUGAUGUAACAGCACUUGAGAUGAUUUUACUGCAUGACAAUAAACUAUAGUUUGAUUCUG